AUGGAUCGAAGCUUCUAUGAAGGACUUUACUGGCUUUCCCAAGGCUGGAUAUCUGUUCCAGCGCGGAUUCAGGACGUGCUUUGGAUUAUUCAGGGCGUCUACUAUCCAAUUCUAGCCAUUCUUGGCGUUCCUGUUAACAUAAUAACAAUAGUGAUCCUAUCUCGCAACAAGUGUGGGCUCUCCACAUGUGUCACCUAUUACCUGGUGGCCAUGGCAGCAACAGAUCUACUGGUCAUUAUCAUCGACUUGAUAUUGAGACAACUGCCAAUCGUUUAUUUCGUCCAUUUUAUCUUCCUUGAGUCUAUCCCCAUCUGUAAUAUUCAUGCCGUUCUGCUUUAUGCAGUCACUGACUGUUGUGUCUGGUUCACAGUCACCUUCACCUUUGAUCGAUUUUUGGCCAUCUGUUGCCAGAAGCUGAAAAGCAAAUAUUGCAACGCGAAAACAGUCGCUGUGUUUCUAGGAACAGUGACAGUACUGAGCUGUUUAAAGAACACUUUCUGGUACUUUAUGUUAACAGAUCGGUAUUGGUUGUUGAACAGGCCCUGGUUUUGUCGUGUAAGCGAAGACGUUCGGAAAUCUCGGGUCUGGGUCACAAUCGAGUUUCUCCAUCACAUUCUCACCCCGGCUCUCCCGUUCGUCCUGAUUCUGCUGCUGAAUAUUUUCACUGUCCGACAGAUUCUUGUGACCAGCAAAGCCCGCGGGAGGCUCAUUCGCCAGAGCACCAGCGACCCAGAGAUGGAGAGUCGAAGGAAAUCCAUCAUUUUACUCUUUGUCAUCUCAGCAAAUUUCGUCCUGCUGUGGUCAGUGAUAAUGAUGUAUUCGGUUUGGAGCCGAAUGUCGUCUUUAGGCUAUCUGUCUAUCUGGUUACAUGAUUUCGUCCAGGAAUUAGGCUUCAUGUUGCAGCUCCUCAGUUGCUGCACGAACACUCUGAUUUAUUCCGUGACCCAGACGAAGUUCAGAGAGCAUCUGAAGACUGUAUUGAAAUAUCCCUGCACUCCCAUUAUUCGACUCACUCAAUAA